AUGGAAGCCAAAGCUGCUGCAAAACAAGCCCAAAAAGAUGGAGCCAAAGCUGCAAAAAUGGCACCCCGGAAAGCUAAACGGAUCAUUGGCCCGAUUAUUUCUUCCGGGUGGGAUUUCUUUGAAGCCAUUUAUUAUGGAGGAACUGUAACUGAAGGGUUUCUUAAGGGUACAGGAACAUUCUCUAGGACUUAUUUUGCUGGGUAUUUAGGGGAAGAAAGGAACACAACUUAUCCUAGUGCCAACUUCAGCCAUGAUCAACGUUCAGAACCUCAAUCAAGAAACCGUCAAGAUGGAUUGAGUGUGGCAACUACUGGCACUGUUUCAGCAGCAGGAUAUGCAGUACUUACAACAACAACCUUAGCAAAAUCAAUGGUUGCUAGGCAAGGUCCUAUAGCUAUGGCUGCUCAUCAGAUAUGUUUGCAAGUUUGGUUGGCUGUUUCUCUGAUUACAGAUGUAUUGGCAGCAUCUGGUAAGGUGUUGAUUGCUACUUCGGUUUCAGAAGGGGAUUAUAGAUCCGUGAAGGAUAUCACAUACUUCGUGUUGACUGAGGAUUUUGAUGAGUUUGAGGAUGUUGAUAUGUUAUACAACACCUUAUCACUAGACAAACUAGAAGCUCUAGAAGAUCUUGUUAUCAUGCAGCCCUUGGUCAUGUGUUUGUAUUCACUGGUCAUGUGUUUGGGUGAAGGUUUGGAUGGUGGUCUGAAUGGUGCAUGCACCAAAGCCUGCAAAUGGAUUUUGGAUCAUGGCAGUGUCACCACCAUCCCAUCAUGGGGAAAAACAUGGCAUUCUAUACUUGGUGUGUGCGGGUGGGAAGGAACCAACCCAAUGGCCCCGGAGUUUUGGCACCUUCCAUCUUUACUUCCUAUGUAUCUAGGUUAAUCUACUCGUAUUCUUUUCUCAAACUGUGUUUGAUCUAAGGGAGAUCAACUUAUCAUAAGUAAGUUAUUUUUUUCACCCUUUUAUUUAAUAUUUUUGUGAUUGAAUGAAUGUCUUAAUGAAAGUAAUUGACAACCCUUUUUCUGUAAAUGAUGUUGUGAUUGUGGGAGAGGUGUUGUAUUUUUCUCUGUUGCUAGGUAACCUUCUCAACAACAGCAUUCUACUUAAGCAGGUGAGUAAUCAAGAUUAAGGGAGACUUGUAAUCAUGUUUGGCAUUCCUUUCCAGUAAGAAACAGAGUUGUAUGAUUAUUUGUUAGUUUUAUAGGAAUGUAUAACCCAUGUUAGCAAUGUAUUAUUUUUGUUUA